CGGUCCCACCCGCCCCGGGCCUGUGGGCGCGUCCCCCAGUCUGAGUGAGAGGGGCGGCCAGCAGCCACCGCGGGCCAGUGGGCAAGGAGUGCAAGCGGCUGUAGCCAGGACCGCCACAGUCACUGCUCCGGAUCCCUCGCUGCUUCCAACCUGGUGGUUGUGGCCCGGCCCAGCUGCCAUGGCGCACUGCAAGACAGAGCAGGAUGAUUGGCUGCUGGCCCACCUGAAGUACCUUCUCUUCAUCUUCAACUUCUUCUUCUGGGUAGGUGGGGCAGCCGUCAUGGCUGUGGGUAUCUGGACUCUGGUGGAGAAGAGCGGUUACCUCAGCAUCCUGGCCUCCAGCACGUUCGCUGCCUCUGCCUAUAUCCUCAUUUUCGUUGGUGGUCUUGUCAUGACAACUGGCUUCCUGGGCUUUGGGGCCGUGAUCCGGGAGCAGAAGAGCUGUCUCUCCACAUAUUUCUGCCUGUUGCUGGUCAUCUUCCUCGUGGAGCUGGUGGCAGGGGUUCUGGCGCAUGUGUACUACCAGAGGCUGAGCGACGAGCUGAAGCGGCACCUGAACAGCACUCUGACUGAGCACUACGGGCAGCCCAGGGCGGCAGAGAUCACAGCCUCGGUGGACCGGCUGCAGCAGGACUUCAAAUGCUGUGGCAGUAACAGCUCAGCUGACUGGCAGCACAGUGCGUAUAUCUUGUCUCAGGAAGCCCUGGGUCGCCAGGUGCCUGACAGCUGCUGCAAGACAGUGGUAGCCCGCUGCGGUCAGCGGGUCCACCCCUCCAACAUCUACAAGGUAGAGGGAGGCUGCAUGGCCAAACUGGAGCAGUUCUUGGCUGACCACCUGCUGCUCAUGGGAGCAGUGGGCCUUGGGGUAGCCUGUCUUCAGAGAGACUGGAGACAUUAUUUUAAAGCAGCAAGCCAAUGGAUGCUGCCACAUAGGAGACUGGUCUGCUUGCACAGAAGACAGAGAACUCUUGGCAUUGAAACAGGAGGCAGGCCUAGCAAAAGGGCCAUCGCUGGCUGCUCGCAUGCCCCUGAGAUCUGCGGGAUGGUCCUCACCUGCUGCUUGCACCGAAGGCUCCAGCAACACUUUUAUUAAAGGACACCCCGUAGCCUGCUGACUGGCCCAUGCAAGGGCUCACAUCUCCACAUCCUGAACCAGUCCUGCAAAGUUGACACUGGGGCUGUGGACCUCCCCCACCCUACGCGGAGGCCACCAAACGCCUGUGGUUGGCUCCUGUGCAUCCCAGCUGGGCAGGGUCCUCAGCUACUCCUCCAUUUAUAAGUACUCAGCCACUGCCUGGAUCCUUGGCAAGGGCUGGUCCUGGCAAGAGGCGGCCAGAGCUCUUUGCCAGGCACUGGGACGCUGUGGACUGCAGGGGGCAGAGCUUGUCUCCCUCUCAUCCAUCUCAGUGUCUGAGUCUGGAAUAGAAGGCUGUCAGAUGACCCCUCUGAGAGUCCUAUAAGGCUUGGUGUGUGAUUCCCACUGGCAUGGGGCCCCAGAUGGCUCUCCUCAGAGAAAGGCAGCACUUUGGGCAGACCAGGUUAGCUCACCCUUUCCCAAAACCUAGCUGGUUUUUCAACCUCCCCACAGAACAGCUGGCCAUGUACUUCCUGUAAGGCAUGGGGCAGAAGUGAUCUAAGGCAGGGCAUCUUAGGAAAAGCUGUUGAAGCCACCGAGACAGGGCACUAAGGAGGCAGGUUGGUUACAACACCCGGGAGAGAGAGAGUCACCCGGUGUUCACAAGCCCCAGCCUCUAGUCCUGUUCCCAGGCUUGACUCCCAAAGUGUCAGGAUUAAAAUGUUAAGGAAUGUAAAAUUCUUCCCCCCUGGCGGGGGGCACACUACAGUCUCAACUGCUGAGGAGAUGUGGGGAAGGAGGGACUCUGCCUGCACCCCAUUUCCUGGUACCCUUGUGACCCCACUGUUUCUCUUCCGUGUGCUCUCCACUUCCUUCUCCGCUGUCCUGGAGUAGGCACCAUCCCCUCCUUUGCUCCUCUCUUUAGUCACAGAAUGACACAGAGGACAUUCAGGGAGAACUCAAGCAUUAAAAGACAACGGAGAGAAAAUCCUAGAAAAAUUAAAGGUUGGUAGUAGGUAUCGACUAGUAAACAACCCUAGGGACCCCCUCUGAUUAUCAUUACUAUAGGCAGCUUUGCACACCAGGACUCCACUCCCAGCUGCAGCCCUCCCCGCUUGGGUCCUGUUCAUUUCUCCACAACAAAACCUCAGUUCCCCCACGAACCAGCAGUGUCUUGUUGACCAACUGCAAUCAACUGGUCUACCUGACUCAAUUCUCACGGUGGUGACCCAGCAGCUUGCUGAGCUGGGCCAGUUGUUGAAGAGAGAUGAGCUCCCACUCAUACGUGGACUAAGAGCCACAGCUUGCUGUCACCAGCAUAGGUGGAAUUCCACUCUCAGGGCAGGAAGUGGCUGUGAGGAUGGCAGGAACAUCGGGCUCUCAGAUCAGAUCGCCUCCUCCACUCUGCCAUUCUCUGGGAGCUCCUUGGAUCCUGGACUGGUUUAUGUCAUCCACCUGAAGGACCAACAGUAAGAAGACACUCCCAACAGUCUCAGACUACACUACAGCUGAGAGAAAACUUUAGCUGCCCUCCACCUUCCCAGGAUUCAUGCAGAUACUCAAAGCCUGGCUGUGGUUCCCAAGCUUAUAGAUGGAGGAUCAAGAAGAAAAGUUGCAGGGCCCAGACCAUGUACUUCCUAAAAAGGCACUGAGGGAGGUGAUGGUGUGCAAAGAGAUACUGUGGCCUCGGGUAUCUGCUUUGAUAGGCUCCCUCAGGGAGAUGAGGUCAGAGGUGACAAGAGGGCACCGUUUGUACAGACUGGAUGCAGAGAUAGUCCAGGAGAGCAUGAGUCAUUGGCCCAGUCAGAGCUGCAGAGUGAGCGGACAGCCCCACAUGUGACUUCCUUGAUCAUACAUCAGCCUUGGUGACAAGAUGGGGUUAGAGGAGAUGGAACACAUAGUAGGCCAGGUUCAUUCCAGCAGCUGUGAAGGCUGGAGCCAAGUCUGUAGUGAGGUGUGACCAGGUUCGUGCCAGAAUUUCUUCCUAUUUCCCCUCUGGGACAGGACCCUGUUCAGAGGUGAUCAGUCUGAGUUCCUUAGAGAGAAGGAAGCACACACCUGUAGAAGGUCACCCUCAGUCCUGGGUCAGCACAAAACACACCGGGGUCCCAUGCCAGGCCCUGAACUUGGUGUAGCUGAAGCCAGUGGACCCUCACUCUGAGUACAUGAGUCACCAUUCCCUAAGUUCAAAGUGACCACCUCAAAAACACAGCCUGCCCCUAAAUCCCCCAGGUGGCCAAUAUUGGAGAACAAGGAUGGGCCUUAGUCUAUGACAAGGAGGUGAGGUGUCUGCAUGCAUUUGUCCCUUUCCCUCCUGACCAGUGUGGCCCCCCAUCCCUGGCAUGGCUUUGGGAUGUUCAUCGAGGAUCUGUAUAUAUGCUUCACUAUGGUAUCCACUGUGACACCAAUGGGAUGUGCUAUAGUCCCCAUUCGAUUGAUGAAGAAACUAAGGCUUGGUCAAGCUGGGCAACAGUAGUGAUUGCUGUUGUCAUGGCCCCAGCCAGUAGUGGCAGCCUUAACACCUGCCAGGUUGGAUGGGACCGUCCAGCAUGUCUAAUCCCAGCAGCCUUCUGCAUUCACAGUUGAAGCAGACACCUGUCUUAUUUCAGAAUGACAGCCCAGGUCCUAAGGGGAAGCUAAGAAGGCCAGAGCUCAUAGGAAUGGCCCAGAGCACACUCAGGGGGUCCUUUGGACUGAAAGCAGGGACUGUUCUUAGCCAUCAGUCUCCAUAAAGAUGGGAGUCACACCAUGUGGAGAUCACUGGCUGGGACACGAAAUGCCUCUUCCUGCCCCAUAAAGGAAGUCAGGAGAGAAGCCCAGACUGUAUCCACGCAGAGCCACCCAGGUAUGGAGGUGCCCUGGAUGCUGAUGCUGAGCCCCACCCCCCGCCCCCAGGCCACACUCUCUUCUACCUUCUUGCCCAGCUCCCAAGCUCCUAUUUUGAUUAUUUGUUGUUUCCGAGCUCUGGAGUGGACACAAGAUGACUUUGGUCCUGAGUGCCUUCACUCUUCACAUGGCCAUAGGGGCUCAGGUCCUAAAGGUGCUGGGUGUAGGGUGGGGGGAGGGGAUGUACAGCCGGUCAGUGUGAUGAGCCACUUUGAGCUCAGAAUCCGUCCCUCUGAACAGCUUCCAAGGUUUUGAAGUCAAGGGGACGAAUGGAUCAGUUAGGACCCUGCCAGCCAUGAAAAUGCGACCCCCUCCCUGCCCACUGGCUCUACUGGGAUAAGGGCAAAGAGGCGAGAGAAGGGAGGGCGGCUUGAAGCUGUUUAGGAGAAAAGCAGCUGGCUUUGCGGCUCUUACACCAGUGCAGUGUGUCUUAGACUUGCUGCCCCGUCAGCACCUCUAGAGGAGCCUUCAGAACAGGUUUGGGCCUCCCCAGAUUUGCUCUAAGGAAGCCAGAGCCUACAGGUGGCAUUCCUGAGAAGUUCCCAGGUAGCGGUGAUGCCACGGAUGGGCAACCAUACCGAGCCACAGAAUUGACCACAUGAGGACACUGCCCACUUCCUUCAAAUGUCAGAGCCCCCACACGCCCCAAGUCAUGCAGGCCAUCUGGCCUGAGUCACAUAUGGAGCAACUUGAGACUGUUGCCACUGGGUCCACAGAGAGGGUGGGAUGAAGCAAGCCAUGGAGUGGUUUACAACCAGCCAUGUAUAUGCCUCUCAGCAGUGCACGCUUGACACACCUGCCUUACGGACUGUCUAUGACUUCGGUCAGUAGGUCAGAUGAAAGGGGACCCCUUACACUUUCAGAUCCCGCCCUUUUCUAUAUGCCUUGGGGUGGCUCUGUGCCUCCUGGUCACUCUAGCAUUUCCAGCUGGACGUGAGGCCUCCCUCACCCUUCCCCUCCUGCAUACGUACCUGUGAAACCUGCUCGUACCCCACACCGGUACUGACAGAAAUUCCAGUGGACCCGUUGUUAGGAAGCCAGAUGGGCUCCUGGGUCCAGGUGGCCCAUGGAUGUGAAUUAUCAGACAUUCUACAAAGACAGAAGUUGCCUUAACCUCCUGCUUACAGUGAAACUCCAGAUGAGGGAUGUGCCUCUCCACUCAUCCGUGUAUGCUCAGUGCCUUGUCCUUACGGACUCAAUAAUAAAGGACUUUUACCAUGGAA